GUUGUAAUGGAAUAGAUGAGUUUGGUAGCUAAGAGAAUUGAUAUAUCUUGUGUUUGUAAACUCGGAGAUUCAGGCCCCUAGCCCCAACUCUAAUCUAAUAUAUAUUCAUACAUACGCCCUUCCAUAUCUAUCCGAAUACACAUUUAUUAUUCCACAAUGCUCUAAUUAUAACUCUCCAUACCUCUCUACUCAAUAACUAUCCCCCAAAUUCCCUGAUUCUCUAUCGAAUUUUGUUAUCUAUUGAAUUUUUUUCGUUAAAUUAGGAAAUAUUUUUGUGUUAUGUAUUGAAUUUUUUUUGUUAAAUUAGGAAAUAUUUUUGUGUUAAAUUAGGAAAUAUUUUGUAUUUUGUGUUAUUAUCUCAUGUGUUAAAUAUUACACUUUACGGCAGUUCACUGCUCAUUCAAUUCAUUAAUUUUUAUCAAAUUUACAACAAUUUAUCGAAUUUUUACAAGAAAUUAUCGAAUUUUUACAACAAUUUAUCGAAUUUUUCGUCGGAAUUUAUCAAAAUUUUACAACAAAUUGACAAAUUUUACAUCGGAAUUUAUGGAAUUAAAUGGCGGAAUCGACAGUAAACGCUAAAUUAUUCGUCGGCUCCAUACCCUCAAACACCUCCGAAGAGGAGUUGAAGGAGGAGUUAUCGAAGUAUGGUCAAUUGGUAUCUUUAUUUUAUAUGCCGGAUCAGAUGAAGCAGAACAACGGCUGGGCUUUUGUCACUUUCGAAAGUAAUCAAUCCGCCUCCAACGCCAUCGAUGCUCUCAACGGGAAAAUCAUUUUUCAAGGUACAACGGUUGGAUUGGAGGUUGUGUAUGCUUCACAGCGUAGUAUGGUUGAAAAUCAGCCUUCGGUCCCAGCAGUUCCUGCGAGUUCAGUUUUGUGGCAGCAAUUUACCACAGCUGAAGGUGUGCCUUACUAUUACAAUGUGAGAACUGGUCAAACUCAGUGGGAGAAACCGGCAGAGUUAAUGGCCCCGGCGCGUACAGUGGCUGGUGGUUCCUCAUUUGGCCCUCCAGGUGCUAACUUAUUUGUAUUCCACGUGCCGGCAAAUUGGAACGAUUUGGACUUGGUAGAGCACUUUAAACACUUUGGGAAUGUGAUUAGUGCCCGGGUCCAACGUGACUCUGCUGGCAGGAACCGGGGGUUCGGGUUUAUCUCCUACGAUAAUCCCCAGAGUGCCGUGGUCGCCAUCAAGAACAUGAACGGCUUCAGCGUUGGCGGGAAAUACCUCAAAGUACAACUAAAAAAGGGAGAAGAACACUACAUGCAAAUGGAACCCAUACACUACCCACAGUACUCCACACAACUAACCAACCCCAAUAACACACUCACUCCCAAAUAUCAAAUGCACUAUAAUCCCUACUAACUUCUUAUCUCAUUGAGCUUAUCGUAUUAUAGUAUUGAGUUUAUCUCAUUGAGCUUAUCGUAUUAUAGUAUUGAGUUUAUCGUAUUGAGUGUGUGGUGGGUAUAUUAGAGAUUAGUGUGAGAAUGUGGGAAAAUGUACAAUAGUAAAUUGUAAUCUCUUACAAUCUU